AACUAGCAGGAAGUCCGGGGUUGACGAUAGCUGUGUUGUUGAAGGGCCUGUAGCCGGGGGUUCCUGGCCGGGUCCCGGUCUACCCUUAGCCCAGCCUCGUUCCGGACCCCAGCCCGGCCCGGAACACUCUGGGCGAGACGGCGGUGGCGACUCUCCCCUUGCCGCCAUGCACGACGCUUUCGAGCCAGUGCCGAUCCUAGAAAAGCUGCCUCUGCAAAUCGACUGUCUGGCUGCCUGGGAGGAAUGGCUUCUUGUGGGAACCAAACAAGGACAUCUUCUUCUCUAUAGGAUUCGGAAGGACGUUGGUUGCAACAGAUUUGAAGUGACACUAGAGAAAUCCAAUAAGAACUUCUCCAAAAAGAUUCAGCAGAUCCAUGUGGUUUCCCAGUUUAAGAUUCUGGUCAGCUUGUUAGAAAAUAACAUUUAUGUCCAUGACCUGUUGACAUUUCAACAAAUCACUACUGUUUCAAAGGCAAAGGGAGCAUCACUGUUUACUUGUGACCUCCAGCACACAGAGACCGGUGAGGAGAUGUUACGGAUGUGUGUGGCAGUAAAAAAGAAGCUGCAGCUCUAUUUCUGGAAGGACAGGGAAUUUCAUGAAUUGCAGGGGGACUUUAGUGUGCCAGAUGUGCCCAAGUCCAUGGCGUGGUGUGAAAAUUCUAUCUGUGUGGGUUUCAAGAGAGACUACUACCUAAUAAGGGUGGAUGGAAAGGGGUCCAUCAAAGAGCUCUUUCCAACAGGAAAACAGCUGGAGCCCUUAGUUGCACCUUUGGCAGAUGGAAAAGUGGCUGUGGGCCAGGAUGAUCUCACCGUGGUACUCAAUGAGGAAGGGAUCUGCACACAGAAAUGUGCCCUGAACUGGACAGACAUACCAGUGGCCAUGGAGCACCAGCCUCCCUACAUCAUUGCAGUGUUGCCUCGAUAUGUUGAGAUCCGAACAUUUGAACCAAGGCUUCUGGUCCAAAGCAUUGAAUUGCAAAGGCCCCGUUUCAUUACCUCAGGAGGAUCAAACAUUAUCUAUGUAGCCAGCAAUCAUUUUGUUUGGAGACUCAUCCCUGUCCCCAUGGCAACCCAAAUCCAACAACUUCUCCAGGACAAGCAGUUUGAAUUGGCUCUGCAGCUCGCAGAAAUGAAAGAUGAUUCCGACAGUGAAAAGCAGCAACAAAUUCAUCACAUCAAGAACUUGUAUGCCUUCAACCUCUUCUGCCAGAAGCGUUUUGAUGAGUCCAUGCAGGUCUUUGCUAAACUUGGCACAGAUCCCACCCAUGUGAUGGGCCUGUACCCUGACCUGCUGCCCACAGACUACAGAAAGCAGUUGCAGUAUCCCAACCCAUUGCCUGUGCUCUCCGGGGCCGAAUUGGAGAAGGCUCACUUAGCUCUGAUUGACUACCUGACACAGAAACGAAGUCAAUUGGUAAAGAAGCUGAAUGACUCUGAUCACCAGUCAAGCACCUCCCCGCUCAUGGAGGGCACUCCCACCAUCAAAUCCAAGAAGAAGCUGCUACAAAUCAUCGACACCACCCUGCUCAAGUGCUAUCUCCAUACGAAUGUGGCCCUGGUGGCCCCCUUGCUACGCCUGGAGAACAAUCACUGCCACAUCGAGGAGAGCGAGCACGUGCUGAAGAAGGCUCACAAGUACAGUGAGCUUAUCAUCCUGUAUGAGAAGAAGGGGCUCCACGAAAAAGCUCUGCAGGUGCUCGUGGACCAGUCCAAGAAAGCCAACUCCCCUCUGAAAGGCCACGAGAGGACAGUGCAGUAUCUGCAGCAUCUAGGCACGGAAAACCUGCAUUUGAUUUUCUCCUACUCAGUGUGGGUGCUGAGAGACUUCCCAGAAGAUGGUCUGAAGAUAUUUACUGAAGAUCUCCCGGAAGUGGAGUCUCUGCCACGUGAUCGAGUCCUCGGCUUCUUAAUAGAGAAUUUUAAGGGUCUGGCUAUUCCUUAUCUGGAACACAUCAUCCACGUUUGGGAGGAGACAGGCUCUCGGUUCCACAACUGCCUGAUCCAGCUGUACUGUGAGAAGGUGCAAGGUCUGAUGAAGGAGUAUCUCCUGUCCUUCCCUGCAGGCAAAACCCCAGUCCCAGCUGGAGAGGAAGAGGGUGAGCUGGGAGAAUACCGGCAAAAGCUCCUCAUGUUCUUGGAGAUUUCCAGCUACUAUGAUCCAGGCCGGCUCAUCUGUGAUUUUCCCUUUGAUGGCCUCUUAGAAGAACGAGCUCUCCUGUUGGGGCGCAUGGGGAAACAUGAACAAGCUCUUUUCAUUUAUGUCCACAUCUUAAAGGAUACAAGGAUGGCUGAGGAGUACUGCCACAAACACUAUGACCAAAACAAAGAUGGCAACAAAGAUGUGUAUCUGUCCCUGCUUCGGAUGUACCUGUCGCCCCCCAGCAUUCACUGCCUGGGGCCAAUCAAGCUGGAACUACUGGAGCCAAAAGCCAACCUCCAGGCCGCUCUGCAGGUCCUUGAGCUGCACCACAGCAAACUGGACACCACCAAGGCCCUCAACCUUCUGCCAGCAAACACUCAGAUCAAUGACAUACGCAUCUUCCUGGAAAAGGUCUUGGAAGAAAAUGCACAAAAGAAACGGUUCAAUCAAGUGCUCAAGAACCUUCUCCAUGCAGAGUUCUUGAGGGUCCAAGAAGAGCGGAUUUUACACCAGCAGGUGAAGUGCAUCAUCACAGAGGAGAAGGUGUGCAUGGUGUGUAAGAAGAAGAUUGGCAACAGUGCAUUUGCAAGGUACCCCAAUGGAGUGGUCGUGCACUACUUCUGUUCCAAAGAGGUAAACCCAGCUGACACUUGAGCCCAGCAUCCUGGGGAUCCAGCAGAUGGACAGCUUGGCUCUCCCAGAGAGGUGAAGGAGCACCUGGCCUUAGGAAUCCUGGCUGCCACCACCACAAGGCUCCCUAUUUGGACACUACUGGCUAUCUUGUGCCCUGGAACUACUCUGAAUUAAUUAGACUCAUGGUCUGGCAUUGCCAGCUUUUUAAUGGGAAAAGAGAUUAGUUAUACCUUAUACCAUUAUGCUGUGGGCAAUUCCAGAGAAUUCACUACCUGCUUGUUCAGGAGGAGGUGCACCAUCUUGCCUUUGCAUACCAGUCACCUGCGCAAGGAAACUUGUAACAAGUGUUUGUAACCAUGGGGUUGUUCAUCAAGGGCUUUUCUAUUAAGAUAAGUACACGACUUCACAAGGACCCCUCAGCAUGGCUCACUGGAGAGUUCCAUGAGAGAACAGCACUCAAGCUCCUGGUCGCAUGGACCCGAUGGCUCGUGUUCUGUGUAGCGUUUUACAUCCCCAUAGUAGCCGUGCCCUGCACCCCUCAGUAGCCGCCCUAUUAGUUUUCAGUCUCCUUUUCUUUCUCACGUUUAUCACUUCCCUCACUGCCCUACCCAGGCUUUCUCUCCCACUUCCCUGACUCUGGGAAUAACUAAUAUUUAAGCAAGGUAAGAUGAGAAGCAAGGGGAAGUGUCAGUUCUAGGAAUACAGUGCUAGUUGAUUGUCAGGUAUCUUGUAAAUAGACCCUCUUUGGCCAUACACUUCAUACCUAGAUGCCUCGGAGAGCACCAUCCUCUGCCUAGGCAAGGCCCUGCAUCCCUCGCCUCAGGCCGGGCUGAGUGUGACCGCAGCUCCUGAGGAUGGGCCUGCCCUGUCUGGGGUAUGCGUGAUCCCUAGAUACAUGUUCCCACAGAGGUCACUGCUCCGUCUUCGCUCACCAGACACUCAGGCGAGCUGGCUUAGUCUUUGUGCGUGGCGAUUUUGUGCUCUGGGCCUUUCUCUUUUUCCAGCCAGUUUCCAUUCACUUGCCUUACAGCCUGCCCCGGCCAUCGCUCCCCAGCUUUGUUCGGCAAUGGUGUGGUUGGACAGUUGUACUGGGAUAGCGCAGGAAAGUGGGUCCCGGCAGCACGCAGGGGAUGAGUGAACCUGGAACUGACAAUGGCAUGCUGCCAAGCGUUCCUGAGAGGUGUUCAGGCACAGCAGAGAGGACGCGGGGGACAAGAACAGCAGCAUGCUGGUUUAAAAGUAACUCACCGCCAAACCUGUGGAGCAGUGUGGGGGAUCCUGCCAGAGGUGCACAGGCUGGAGUUUCAGGCACUGCAGGCUGAGGACACACAGGGAGAGUGGCCCUGCCUCCUGUCCUCCCCGGGGUUUUUGCAGACUCAAAGUCUCACUGUACCAGUGUCUUUGAUGGUAGUGAGGGUGGGUGAUGGUGCCCAGCACCGACAGUUUUAGUGGCCUGUCCUUGACAUGCCGUGGUCCUUUGUAAACGAUGGCUCCAUGCUGUGUGACAGAUCAACGUGCUGAUGGUAAGUAGACUAGGCUCCCCCAGGCACACUGUCCGUGGGGGCCUGAAGAGACAGUGAGUGCCAUUGGCCCCAUUCACAGGCGUGGGAGACUGUGCUCAGGCCUGUGAGGCUGGGCAGCCCUUCACCAGAGUUCGGAGGAGCAGUGUGUGGCGCCAUGUCCCGACUGGCCAUACCCACACAGAAGCAGUGCUGCCCGGGGUCUCCUCUGGGCCAGCUUGGACUCUGCUUCCUCCAGGAGCAGCAGGGAAGUGCUGGGCUGCCUCCCUGGAUAGCAGGAACUUGCCCUGCCACGUGUGCCCUGCCUUCCUGGCCAGCUGUGCUUGUUCUCUUCCAUUCUCACAAACUGUGUUUGAAGCAAUAGAAUAAAGAAUGUGUGUUUUCUUUCCUGGUAUACAUACAUGAUCCCAUGCUCCCAAACUCCGUUCUUCCUUCCCUCAACUCUCUGCCCUCCACAGAGCUAUGGAGAAGGCUGGAGAUGAAAGCUUUGUAGUGAGGACUGAUAAAGAUCUCAUCACUGCUCCUUAUAAUAAACCUAAUAAAGCAAGAAACC